AUGGGAAGAAUAGAUUCAUAUUCAAUGAUGAUUAUUUGUAAGUAUUUUAUAAAUAUUAAAGAUAUUAUUAAUGUUGAAUUGGUAUGUAAAAAAUAUAGAGGAACAAUGACUAAAUUUCAUUUUAACACAGUAGUUUUAACAGAAAACAAUGUUAAAAUGUUUCCGGCAAUCCAAACACAAUAUAUUUAUGGGAAUGAAGAGAAGGUUAUACAAAACCAAAUUAAAAAAUAUGAAAAUUGGAGUGAAAUAGGAUAUAAAGACUUUAUUAAUCAAGUAAACAAAGAAAAAGAGAAAGAAGAAAUAUUUCACAAAGUAAAAAUUACAAAAGAAGAAAUCAAUGAAUAUUUUAGCCAAAUGGAUGAAAGAUGUCAUAUCAUUGAUAAAGGAAGUUUUUGUGAUAAUCAUUUAAUAGAAAAAGUUACUAUUCCAAAUUGUAUUACAUCAAUAAGAAAUGGAAUAUUUAUGAACUGUCAUGGAUUAACAAAUGUAGUACUUAGUAAUAUGAUUUCUGUAAUACCAAAAUAUUGUUUUAAAGGAUGUACCUCACUUCAAAGAAUUCAAUUACCACUUGGGAUUGAUAUAAUAGAAGAUGAGAGUUUUAUGAAUUGUAUUAAUUUAAAAGAAAUUAAUCUUUCUGGUCAUUUGAUUUCUCUUGGGAAUCAUUGUUUUGUUAAUUGCAAUAAAUUAUUAGAAAUCUCACUCUCUCCAACAAUACAAAAUAUUGGAGAUGGGUGUUUUUGUAAUUGUAAGAGUAUUUCUAAUACAAUCACUAUUGGACCAACAACAAAUUAUGGAAGAAGAGUGUUUAAUGGGUGUGAAAGUAUUCCAGCAAUUAUCAUUACUAAAGAAAUCAAUGAGCUUAAAUCGUUUGAAUUUAGUCAUUGUGUUGGAUUAAGGAAAGUGGAAAUACCAAGUUCAGUUAGUAAAAUUGAAAAGUAUUGUUUCAAAGAUUGUAAGAAAUUAGAGUUAAUUGGAUUACAUGAAGGUAUUGAAUAUGAAAAGGGAUGUUUUGAAGGGUGUGAAAAAUUAAGAGAAGUGAUAGAAAUGGACAGUUCGUUGUUUGAGAAAAUAGCAAAGUGA